CGUGUAGGCAUUCAACUCAGGGAAUCCCAAUGGAUCCAAUAGUGGGACGUCCGCACUGCUCGUCCUAUCGGAAGACCUGUUCCCUCCUUGCCCCGCCUCCUGCCGUGACGCUCCCCCCAGAAACCAGUCCAGACGCAAGUGCAGACUUGGAAGGAAAAGAUAAAAGAUCUCAGAUUCAGACAGUCCAAGGAGAGGAGAAAACAGAAAUGCCUGACAGUUUGCUAUCUGGCAUGGAGAAGAAAUGGAAUCCAUUUUUGGCAAAGGAGAGGGAAAACGUAGGUGAAAGGGUGAAUGUGACUCUGGAUCCAGACACGGCUCAUCCCCAACUCAUCCUGUCUGAGGAUGGGAAAAGUGUGAGAUGGGAAGACACACGGCAGGAUCUGCCCGACAACCCUGAGAGAUUUGACUCUUGGGCUUGUGUGCUGGGCUGUGAGGGAUUCACCUCGGGGAGACAUUGCUGGGAGGUGGAGGUGGGGGGUGGGGGAGUCUGUGUUGUGGGGGUGGCCAGAGAGUCUGUGGGGAGGAAGGGAGAGAUCAGCUUUAGCCCUGAGGAGGGGAUCUGGUCUGUAGGUCAGGCUGGAGGUCAGUACUGGGCUCUCACCUCGCCUAAGAAAGUCCUCUUGCCUCUGAGCUGCAUCCCCCAGAGGAUCUGGGUUUCUCUGGAUUACGAAGAGGGGCUGGUGACAUUUUUUGAUGCUGAUAGUGAGUCCCUCAUCUUCCCCUACCAGAGGGCCUCUUUCACUGAGGAGAGAGUCCUCCCUUUUUGUGUGUGGGGAAAGUGUCCAGCUCACACUGCCUCCUUCAGAGAUGAGGGUUUAAAUCCACAACCCCACCAGUCAUUCCCCAUAAAGGUCAUGUCUGCGUUGCACCCCCACGAUUUCUCCACAGUCCAGAAAGAAAGAGCGACACCAAAUUAAACCUAGCCACUGCUUCAGCAGAGUGCGCAACCCCUGUCUCAGGCAGCUCUCAGCCCAGUGCCUUCCAACAAGGGAAACCGAGGCCAAACAUGCGUCGUCCCCAGAGGGGGAUCCACCGCCAGCCAGCUUGUGCCACCUGCCCUGCAGCUGGGACAGAGCCCCAUUGGGCCCAGCUGCCUCUCAGCCCAGAGAAAGGGAUUCUCUGGAUUCCCUGUUCAAUUUGUGGUGAUAGAAAUAGCUUCCAACUGCCCUGCUUCUCACUGUCCCUGUGCCCCCAUGUAACGAUCUCGAGUCCCCAGCUGCUCUGUUCCCCUUCACCCGCUAGAAACUGGCUCCCAGUGAGAGAGCCCAGAAUGAGCCACUUUCUCUCCCUGGAGAGAAGCUGGGUGCUGCGGAGGGAGAUAGGCCCAUGUGGGCCCUGGCGGCUGGGGAUGGCAAGCCAGGGAGGAGCUGGAAUUCUGUAACUCACCUUCCAGCUAAAGAACUAGCCUCUCUGCUGCCACCCUAGAGUCACUCCUUGGGUUAUGAGGGUGGUAACUAGCACUGGGCAGUUGUGUGACUAGAUGGGGCAGAAACCCUCUACUCAGGAGAGUUUGGAGUGUCAGUCACUGUGUGAACAGGGUUGGGGUUUCUGUACUGUACAGCUCUGUUUAUUUUAUGGGCAAGGGCCUAGGUCGCGGCUGUGUAGUGGCUGCUUAUUGUGCUAAGCAUGCUCAUUCCGGAGUCCUCCCUCUGUUU